AUGUCAUACCAUGCAGACAUAUACAGAAACCAGUGGGCGGAGGCUCUUGACCCCUUCCAGCGGGGCCAGGCCCUUAUCCGGCGGGUAGCGGAGAUAGUCCAGGCGCUGGGCGUGGGGGAGUACCUCACCGUCGUAGAUAAGGGCGACAGUGCAACGCAUCUUUACGUCGUGCAGUACGUGUAUCUGCUGGAGGCGGCUUUACCUAGUGAAGAGGGGAGACUUCGGCGACAGGCGCGACGCCUUACUUGGAACCAUGGUCUCGCUCUCGGAGCUGCCGGAAGCCUGGCGGCAGAUGGCGGACAGCGCUCUUCAAGACCUGGUGGGGGAGGCGGUAAGAAGCUGCUGACGGACAAGGUGCUGGUCCUGCCGGAGGGGAAGGGCCGAGGGGAUGUUGUCGUGACAAUCAAGCACGACAAGACACGCGUGCCACUGCGGCCGAUAGAAUCAUGGUCGACUCUCCCCCGCGUGAAAUGGAAAUUUCACAUGGAGUUUCAUCUUUUAUACCCGGGCCUCCACCGGGCGCUUGAGGAGGGUCACGUCUUCCCUCAGAAGGGCGUGGCGGCAGCAGAUGCCUCCCUGAGUCUGGCGUUGCAGAGGGCGUUGGACGACAUCAUGGUGGCCAUCUUCACUAACCACACCAAUGGCCGCCGGGUGAUCGCGUGCGAGCUCUCCGGCGUUGGCCAAAAGUGA